UCGCUCUUUGAACUGAGUUCUUGCGAAGUUCCUAAAGUUGAUUUCUCGUGGAGUGAGCAUAUGUAGUCCAUAUAUCACCCUCUUCGAAUCGUUUUCUGUAACAACUUUUUAUGUGAUUUAAAUUAUCGUUACUCCUGAGAGAUUUAUUUGGUAUUACUAGAACCAUGUUUCUUCUUGACCGAUCAAAAACAACGAUUGAUGAUCUAAGAUUGGUUUCUCAAGCCUCUCGCGAAGCGAGACUCGAUCAAGAAUUGGCGCGCUUUGAAGAGAACCUCGAUAUCAUGUUAGCUGACAAGAACACUUUUCUGCUGGACUUGUAUCGCAGGCUCAAGCAGGCAAGAAGCACGUACAAAUCGUGGAACCGAAGGACAGCAGGGGGAGGCAGAGCCACUGAUUUUGUAUCGGUAGAACAGAUUGAGGAGCUUGUCGACUGGCAGCAAAAGAAACAGAAACGAAAAGACAAGAAAGAUUCGUUAUCCGUUGAUCCUGAUUCUGAUCAACAAGUAGACAUGCUUCUUCGCUUUCUUUUGGCGUUCAAAGAAUCAAAGGAGUUACUAGAACAGUUUAGGACCAAAAUAUUUCUCCCUUUGUUUGAGUUCUUCAACGAUGAUCCUAAAAGACAUUUACCAAAGGCAUUGGCAAGUGUAGUCUGGCGCUGGGAGGGUCUCUUGACCCCAGGCCCUAUCAACCACCGCUUGUUCAGUCCCCAAAGCGCCGAUGCCCUUUAUUACACGGAAACCAGUACUAAACCACGUGACUCCCAGUUCAACCUCAUUCUGAGGCUUGUUCCUGAUUUGAUGCUGAAGGCAUUCGAAGCUCUGUGCUUGGCAAAACAGUGGCGGUCAAAAAUAGGCCCGUGGGGGUACCCCAGGGAACUAAAGUACAUCCACUCCAAAUGGAUACCUGAGAAGAAACAGGAAAACAAUCUUGCAUUUGAACGAGCACAGAGGAGGAAGUUCGAGUACGCAACGUGCCAAGUUAAAUUAGACGCAUUACAAGGAGAAAUGGAAAACACCGAGACUGUGCUGGGGGACUCGUCAACCGGGAUAAAAAAACCAGAAAGAGAGACUGGGGCCAUUAGCGGGAGAUUUGAAGACGUUCACCACAGAAUAGAUAACUUUAGGGAAAAUGUGAGGACCGCUUCCCUUGAACGUUCUAGAUUGGCAAAAGAUUUGUGUAAACUACGGGACCAUAUCACCAUGCUACAAGAAGAGAUGAAGACAGAACAGAGAGAUAUCCAGAAUAUCAGAGCACAGCUUGUCAAGGCCGAGAUGAACACGAAGUAUUCCGAUGAAAAGGAAAUGACAAAGCUAUUAGAAGAUGACCUCGAAGACUCAGUGCACCGUUGCACACACCUUAGAAAAGAAAUCUCCAAGGCUGAACAGGAAUACAAGGAACAGAUGAUUCGGUACCACUCGACCAACACAAGACUUAACUCCUUCCGAAGAGGUAUCGAUUCGGCGAGGUCCGAACAGCUGUCGCUAAACACCAGCCUUCUAACGACGAGAGAACGACAGAGAAAACAGGAAAAGUCUUUCAUCGCUGCUAAUGAUAAUUUCAAUUUGCUGAGAGAAGAACUCAGGAAGAGUAAGUUGACAAAACAGGUUUUACUGCGGCAGAUGUUACAGCCGAGGAACGAGGAAACGGCACGAGAAAAAAAGAGAACAGUAUUGGAUAUAUAAAAUGAAAGAAUGACUCUGUAUAAACAACGAAAGAUCUUCGGUGUUCGGGUUUAUUUUAUUCUUUCCACCAUUUAACAGAAGUGCAUGAAAUUCAUUUUGUUAUUAUAUUUCUUUCUGAAAUUACAACACACAAGAUCUGCACAAGGGCGGAUCCAGCCAAAAUUUUAGGGAAGUCUAAUUGAGUUUAAGGGGGGAGAGGUUAAUUUAGUUUCUUCUGUCAACACAACGGAAAACAAUAUAAAAA